CUCAGCUUCGCUUCGAACUGUGUGAGAUCUUGUUUGUCGCCCAUUUUUCUCGACUUUCUCGCGAUAGCUUCGUUCAUUCAACAUCAUCAGACGGAUACGCGCGGCCCCGAGAAAACGAGAGAAGCAGUGAAGGCCCAUAUGCAGACUGACUUGCGACAUAUGGAGCUCGUUUGGAGCCUACUUACCGUGACGAAGUUCGGACCUGCUACCUAGGCAACUACGGAACAAGACGAGCAGGUUCGGUCUACGAAAGGCAGGCUGACGGAAGAAACGACCCCACAACAGAACGGCCACGAACGGUCCAGGGACGGCGAACAUCGUUCUUCUUGGCUGGGCCUAGCCGGGCGCAGUUUAUGUUUAUGCCAUGGCCGCCAACAACGCAUUCAUGCAGGCAAUAUCUCUUCCUUCCAAACCAUAACCUUCCUUUUCUCGGUCCUCGUUUAUCCCUUUCCUUGUCUUUGUCUCUCCCUUUUUUGGUCUCCACAACUCUUAGUAUUUCUGAAUCUUUCGCUCAGUCGGUCUUGCACGACGGAGCGCCCAGUAUCUCGUAAAAAACAGCAUCGGAUCGCAGGAUUUGUCUGGCCAUACUCGUCAAGUGGCAUGGGCUAUAACUGAACAUCUGUCAGUCAACCUUACCCACUCAAUCGACCUCGAUCUUUUCUUUCAUAAUUCCUCGAUCCUCGAGCCAAAAAAAGCUCGUCGUACUACCCAGUCCUCGAUCUCUCCGCCGCUCGUACGCGAGCCCCGUUUUGGGUCGAGUCCGCACUUCGGUUAUUCCCUCUCUCGUUUCGUUCUCUUCCUUGUCGUCGUCGCCCUCCACCUAUACGACAACUUCUACGCCGGUACGCAGGACGCCGACGCGUACUCAUUGCUUAUUUCAAGUAUUCAUUAUUGUCGUCGUGCUGCGACGCAGUAGCACGCGACCGAAGCUUCUUCUUGGCCUGCCGAGCCAGCCGUCAUGUCGGGAGCAGGAGCAGGAGCAGGAAUGGGAGACAGGGAGUCGACGUAUUCUGUCUUUUCUUCCUCGAGCGUCGAAGACCUCCUCGCGAAUCUACACGACUUUCCACAUGUACCAACUACCACAGGCCUUCCCCACCCUUCGUCACACCUAUCCCAACUCGCGUUCGCCGCAGCACCUGUCCAAUCAUCUACACAGUCGCAUCCGAGUUCGCGUCUUUCGCAUUCGGUCAACCAGACGAAGUCGGUCCCUCCGCGUGUAGCUCUUAUACCGGAGCACGAGGACGAGCACCACUAUGCAUAUGACAGGGAGCCGGAGCAAGCCUCGACAUCCUUCCUCAUGCCAAUGGCAUCUCCUUCGCUAUCACCAUCUGUCAACGAUAUCAGUAACAAGGAUUCGUUUAUGGAGCCUGUGACGCCUAUGGAAGCAGAGGGGAGGAUGGAAACUGAGAUGGAAAUGCGCAUGGGAAUGGUACCAGAGGAAGAGGAAAUGAGAAGGCGCUUGGAGGGAGGCAGGGAUGAAGAGCGGUUGAAUGGCGGCGACAAGUACGAGAAGAUGGGUGUUGAGGGUAAUAAAGGGGGUUUAAGUGGCGAGAAGGGAAGACAGGGGUUACGUGGCGAGAGUGGAAAAGGAGGUGAUUGGGUAGACGAGGCGAAGAGAGGAGAAGAAGAGGAUGACGAUGCCCCGUUGGAUCCGUUGUCGUUGAUCAAGAAGUAUCCUGAACUCGUCACGGAACACUACGACCCAAUGACCAACACGCACACCAUCAAGAUCGCCUAUCCCUCGCGUUCACGGUCCGGCUCACAGUCACAUCAAAAGUCGUUGUCUUCGCACUCUUCACAAUCGCGGCCGCGGCUGGAGCGUCCGUUGUCGCAGGAUACGAUGACGUCUGGGAGCACCUCGCCGACGUCUUCCUCACACCAUAUCCUUUCCCCGACGUCCACACAUACAUCGCAUACCUCCGGGUUUUCUACGCUCUCCAAAGGCCACCAUCAAACCCAUUCACCAAACCAUGCUCUACCGCAUACCCCACCACUCCCUCAAACCCCCGGUAUUCUUCCACCGGCUAGUGUGAUCUCUAGGCGUGGACGGUUACCCAAUUUUGAGUCCUUAACAUCACAAGACCGGGAGGAUGAAAGGUCUCACGUCGAUAGCGAAGAAUUGUUGCACCGGCAACGUCUUCGAGCAUCUUCGUCUACAUCUCAGUUGCGCCACAUCCCCGACCCUCGCUCGAUGCCCCUAUCCCCGCCUCCAUCCACACCCAUCUCCCCCGAAGAACUUGAGGCAAACCGGACUUUUCUCCGUCAACGCGCAGAGUCUUUCCGGCACGAACGUGAACCUUUCGAUGAAGACGAGGAAGAGAGUUCACGAGCCCUGACGCUUCAGGAUGCGAUCGAUUCUUUCCCGCCUACGCCGGAUGGUUCUGGUUUUGGAGGGUUCGAUGCAUCGAGGUCUGAGGAUCAGGAUGAGCAUGAGAGGAGAAGGCGUGGGCCCUAUGCCGAGCCGUAUCUGCAUCCGUCGUCGUCGACCUCAGCUCCGAACGCCGUUGAUCUCAGCGUCAAUCCACCACCAUCACUCGCGAUAUCUGUCUCUCGUCCAGACGACUCUCCUUCGCACUCAUACUCGCAACCGCACUCCCGCACACAUUCCCACUCAACUUCGACCUCGAACUCCCGUUCUCGCUCUAACUCCCACUCCCAUUCACGACCUCCUUCACACUCGCACUCGCCUUCGCCAUCCCAAUCGUCCGACCUCAGAUCAUUACACAGUCGCGGACAUGCUAGCGUGAGCAGUCUGAGCUCGGGAGAUUUUACCACGAGGAGUAAGGCGGAGAGUCAUCUCGCGAGGGCCUUGAGCGCGUUGAGGUCGAAGGUUUCAAGGGAUCAUUUGCGGUCGAGUCCCAGCCCGACACCAAAGGUUGAUUCGAAUUUGGGAGGGUUGAAGGCGAAGGGAUCGAGAGAGUUUUUGAGAACGAAGGAUUCGAGGGAUGGUCUGCGGUCGAAGGACUCCCGAGAAGAUUUGAUUUCGACGAACUCUUCACUCGAUCCAAUGCGUUCGACAUCCCGAUUGUCCGCACUCGUAGGAGGCCUGAGGUCGCAAGAGUCUCGCGAACGGAUACGGGCACGUCAUUCCCGAGAUGCGCUCAACGUGGACUUUGGAUUCGGACAGUCGAGGGAGUCGGCGGUCGUCAUGCCUGAAUCGCCCAAUACAGAGGACAGCUAUGGAUUCGAUUUGGAUGCGUAUGGCGCACCAUCACCUGCGCUCGCGACGGCUCCUCUUCCUGGUCCUACCGGUUUCAGCGCCUCGAAGUUUGACAGUAGGAGGUCGGUGCAGGUGGCGAAUACGAAUGGUGGCGGGGCGUUGCCGCCGAGUGAGCCUGACACGCCGAACGCGGUGGCGGCUGUGAUUAGGGGUCUGCAAGAGAGGGAAUCAUCGCUGUUCGACAUGAGCAGUCGUGACAGUGAUGACGAGGAAGAGUACGAGGAGGGACAGCAGGUCUUGUCGAGGGAUGACCGGAAGGUGUCGUUAUUACCACUCAGUAGACCACCACCGAGACAUAGACCUCCGCCUUCGUUCGCUCCACCCAUUUCUCAGCCAGUCCCUUCGGCCUUCCCUGCAUCUCGUGACUUUAUUGACGAGGAUGAGGAAGAAGCUGUCCUUCCUUUGCCAGACCGAAGGCCCAGCCCUCGCUCCUCGCUCUCCGGGCCUUCCCCAUCUGCAUCUUCCUAUGCCCUUUCAUCCCAAUCUGCAUCACAUCUCAGUCCUCUGAGCCACAUCCCAUCAUCGUCCUCGUCCUCCUCGUCUUCUUUGUCGUCGGCGCCGUCUUCAAUCCGUACCCACCAUCGGCACCAUCAGGGAUCCUUCGUACCACUGAGUCCCAUCCCAUCCCAAUAUCCCGAGGACGAAUAUCCUACCUCUCCACCUUACGAUUCGUCUUCUCACAACCCAUACACCAACUCCACCCACGCAGACGACUAUGACGCCGACGCCGACGCACUGCGCGACCUUGUCCCCGAUUUCCUGGACUUGAGCAGUAGCGGGAUGAGCCAAGAUUUCGACAGGUCUUCGUUCUUCCCCACUCAUACAGCGCGGAACGAAAGCUGUACGGUCCAUAUGGAUGAUAUGCAGGGUGCUGGCUUUGGUCCAAGUAGCAUGGCUUCGGCAGGGAUCAGAUCGAGUCCGUUGAACCCUACGGGAUCGAAGGCAUCGUUGCUCAGUCCGCCGCAGCUGAUGUCGAGGGAUCUGACCGCGAGGUCUUCACCGGAUGAUAUCGCCAGUGCUAGACUGGAUGACAUUGUGCCGGAGGAAGACGAAGAAGAUGGUAACUGGGCCGAUCCUGCAGGUAGUCCCACCGCAUUUUAUUCGGCUUCAUUAAUGGCUCUGGAUGGCCCAAAGUCGGCUUCGCCGAGGAGGAUGAAGAGUACCCCUGAGUUGCUGGGUGGGCGGCCGGAGGGGAGGAGAGCGUCGCACCAGCCACAAUCGGCUUCUACGUCUAUGUCCGCCUCGCAUUCUCGUGCUUUCGUACCGCCUCGCCCGCACCAAGGAAAUUAUGCCCACCAACCGCCCCACCUUGCUCUUGCGCAGAUAUCGAAGGGACCGCCGAUGCACCCUGAUCUAAAGGCACGCAGGUCGGAUGACGAGUCUCCACUUCCUCAUUCUGGCGCAGCAGACUCGAAUCAUCUCGUGAAUAGGAUGUAUAGCGAGUUCAGGAUGGACGAUGCUAGGGAGGGUAGCUUAGGCUCGGGGAGGUCUAGACCUGGAUCGAGCAAAGGUUCGAACGAGUAUGUCUCGACUGCAGAUGCGUUCGGUGGUUGGUCGUCACCCGCUGUACAAAAACACACCGUCGCCGAACACGAUGGCAAGUUGAAGAAGUCGAGGUUGAGCCAGGAUUGGACGAUUAACUCUGGCCCCGCAUCACCCGCUACUCGACACAGACUCGCUUCCACACCCUCACCAGCCCUUGCCCACGCUCAUCCUCAAGCUUCCGGAGCCAUCGAACGCAAUCCUUCAGGAUCUUCUGCCGCAUCGACGUCCCGUUCUACCGGGUCUGCUGCCGCCAUUCGCGAGAUCGCACCUUGGGCCACACCACAGGACGCAUCCUAUGCUUCCCUUCGCCGCCAGCACGUAGCCUCACCUGCGACCGCCCGAGAUCGAAGAGAGUCGACUUCAGCCCGUCCCCCUCCGAUGUUGUCCCUGAAUGAAGGCGCGGAUUAUUUCUCUCGUCCACCUAAUUCGGCCGGUACGGGUUCGAAUGCCAGUGGAAGUCCUGACCUCGGGAACGCCACACGACGUGCGCUGAAAGUCGGACUAUUGUCGGAACCCAUCUCGGCGCCCGUUCUGGUGCGGAAUCCCUCGCAGCGGGGUGGCAUUUCUAGUCCUACAGGUGCCGGGCUUGAAGGGCUCGGGUCUGAGGACGUUCACGCGUUCGAAUCCCCACGCAAAGCCCCUACAGUUCCACUCUCCGCCCCCGCCACGGACGCCGAGUCCCGCUUCCUGCGUCGACUGUCAUCGUCCAAACCUAGACCCUCACUGGCUUCGAAGUCGACUAGCAAUCUGAAAGGUUCAACAUCGACGUCCGCUUCUGCAGCCGAGAUGGAAGCGAGACAGAAGGCAAUGCGAAAGGCGGAGAUGAAGCAGUUGGAGAAGGAGGUGUAUGGUUUGCUCGUUGGUGGCGGAGAUAACAAGAAAUCUUCUGAUCGCGGCAGAGUGAAGAGGGAAGAGCCCUCGUCCCAGGGAAGCUCGAGUCAGUCAAACUCACAAGACUCAAACUCGCAGUCCAACUCGACUUCGACAAAGGCAACUACGGCAACAUCAUUGUCGAAAGGUAGUAGACAUCUCCACCUACCUGACGACAGUCGCCCUUCGUCGUCGUCGACGUCUGCGAGACCGGGGACAGGUUCGACGAUUGACAGUGUGUCGACGUAUGGUAUUGCUGCAUCACCCAUGGGUAUGGGCUUCGGUCGUGUGCUUUUUAAGACAGGAAGAUCGCAUCCACAUCCAUCCCAACCUCAGACUCCGCAAUCAGCCACGAUUCCUAGAAGGCCAUCUAUGGGCGCUGGACUACGUGGAGGAAGUUCGAGGCCCGGAACGCAGGAGUCUGCGAUGUCUCAGCUACCGUCGCCGCCGUCAGCGGGUGGAAUGAUGCAGAUGGGUGCAGCGGGAAAGUCGGAGCCGGAUUUGAAGUCCUUCUUUCAUGUGGGGGAUGGGAAGGAGAAGGGGGCGAAGUUGCAGAAGAAGCCGGGGUUGUUUGCACGGAAGAAGUAGGUUGUGAUCGGGAUGGUUGAUCGGUCGGUGAGUGUGGCACAGGUGUGGGAUUGUGGUGUGUUUUUAGUUUCGCGCUUUUCCUCCAUCUUCUUCUUCUGUCAUAUAUGGAUGGUAUUCGGACAUCUUUUGGUCGGUUAUACUUUAGUCGUCAUUGCACUCAUUCUACCUCUUUGUUUUACUCGAUCUUUUCCUUUUUGUUUCCAUCUGGUUCGUACGUUGUCACUCAUUAACUCAUGCUUUUUCCUCAUUCUGACCAAUUCAUUCAUCUGUGCUCACCAUCCAUCGUUCGCCCACUCACCAACAAUUCUGCCUUUAUUUAUCUCUUCCACUGACUCGGACCUGGCCAACCUCCUCGUACCGUCCAAAGGAUCCCCUUCCCUUCAACAUUCUCGAUACAUACCUACCCUACGCAGCUUCUAUAUUUGUCGCAUCGUACUCAUCUCUAGCCUGCAUGCAUCAUAGACCAAUUACCAUGACCAUUCCUAUCCCUUUGUUCUCUUGUUCUCUUAUUCUCUCGCUCUCGUCUGACUCACCCAUUCAUUGACAACUCAUUCAUCGACUGACAUCACCUCUAGAAUACACACUUCCGUAUUGUCAAUAUUCACCAUUCAUCCAUCUCAGUGCUUGCAGCUCAACUACAUAGGCUGCAUAUUCAGCUUCAGCCUUCC